GGGCCCGGGCGGAAGUGCGGCCGGAGGAGCCCGAGCCCCAGCCAGGAGCAGGUCUCCGGGGCCCGGGGCGCGGGGCACGGCGCGGCUUUGCAGCCAUGGCGAGCGUGGCCGCGGGCCUGGCGCUGGCCGUGCUGCUGCUGGCGCAGCUGGCAGAGGCCGCCAAGAAUUUCGAAGAUGUCCGAUGUAAGUGUAUCUGUCCACCCUAUAAAGAAAAUUCUGGGCAUAUUUAUAAUAAGAACAUAUCUCAAAAAGAUUGCGACUGCCUUCAUGUUGUAGAGCCGAUGCCCGUGCGGGGGCCUGAUGUCGAAGCAUACUGUUUGCGUUGUGAAUGUAAAUAUGAGGAGAGGAGCUCUGUGACCAUCAAGGUUACCAUUAUAAUUUAUCUCUCCAUUUUGGGCCUUCUGCUUCUGUACAUGGUGUAUCUUACUCUGGUUGAACCCAUUCUGAAGAGACGCCUCUUUGGACACUCACAGUUGAUACAGAGUGAUGAUGAUGUUGGGGAUCACCAACCUUUCGCAAAUGCUCACGAUGUCCUGGCCCGAUCCCGCAGCCGCGCCAAUGUCCUGAAUAAGGUAGAAUAUGCCCAACAGCGCUGGAAGCUUCAAGUUCAAGAGCAGCGAAAAUCCGUCUUUGACCGUCAUGUUGUCCUCAGCUAAUUGGGAACGAAACUCAAGGCACUAGAAUGGAACAAGGCAAACAACUGGAAAAAGUUAAGCUUUCCUGGGUUUUGUUUUAGUGCCCCAUUGAUUCUACCAUCUUUUGCUGGGAAAUUCAAAACUGGAAACAAACCAUGCUUGGUAUUUUAUUUUCUUGUUCAUGUAUUAAUGCAAAUGUUUUUAAAAGCACACACCUCCAAGUCACCCCAUAAACUUUUUCCUAUAUGUGAAUUUUACUAAUAAAAAUAAAUCUGCCUGUAAAUUAUCUUGAAGUUCUUCACCUGGAAGACACUCCUUUUCACCACACAGUUGUAACUUGGUUUUCAAGAUAAUUUUCAGUGUUGAUUUUUGGUGUUUUCUGGCAGGGAAGGGGAGGGAUUUGUGGGUAGUGUGUAACCUAACUUUUCUCAAGGCACUUUACUAAGUCAAAUUUUGUAAAUAGACUUUACCUUUACCUAUUUUCAGGUUUCAUUUAUAUUUUACAGCAUAGCCUGUCUCAUCAGAGCCUGGAUUUACCCAUUUGAAUUUUGCACUGACUCUAUAUAUCUAGGUAUAUGGUCAGCCUGUGGCUGUACUUUAUGGUAAACUGGGUCUGAAAUGCGUGGUGGUUCUUCACAAAAUGCAGAUUCUCUUCACGUACUGUGAUGUCUGAUGCAAUGCAUCCUGGAAUGAACUGGCUCUUUGCUAGUUUUAAUGACUAAACAUAGUCUUGGUGUGUAUAAUCUUUCUCCUAGUAUCUUUACAGAUGAAUCAUAAGGACCUGGACAUUUGCAAUAAAGACAUUUUUCUUUAAAACCCAAGGCUCCCUCACUGAUGACAUACGUGUAUUUGUUAGCAUUUCUGGUCAUGUUGAGAGGCAGCUAGUGGAGCUCUGGUAUGUUCAGCUUUGAACUUGGGACAACAAGAGUUCUGGGUUCCUCCUCUGAAAGAUACAACAGCUACUGGAUAAAUGACUGCUUUACUUCUCCUGCCUCUUUGGAAUGUAACAAUAAAAGUAAUUUUUGAAACACA